AUUCUGCUUCACGAACUGCAACGGGCGCCAUUCCUUGCUACCGCUCAACAACACCGGUGAAUUCCGGUCUCCAACGUGCUUCGACCGGCUCUGAUUUUUUUUUGCCUCGUUUCUCGAACCGUUCAUCAAAUAUUGCUGUCGCGAAGACUCCUCGAUAUCUUUGACGUCAAAUAAAUUUACGAGAAAUCAUCAGUUAAGAUGGCACAAGAAUGCCAGGAUAUGCCAACCUUCAAAUGUGUGCUGGUCGGUGAUGGAGGUACCGGCAAGACCACCUUUGUCAAACGGCACUUGACCGGUGAAUUUGAAAAAAAAUAUGUGGCUACUUUAGGAGUAGAGGUACAUCCGUUGAUUUUUCAUACCAAUCGUGGACCGAUUCGAUUCAAUGUAUGGGAUACAGCUGGUCAAGAGAAGUUUGGUGGCCUUCGUGAUGGCUACUAUAUUCAAGGACAGUGUGCUGUAAUAAUGUUUGAUGUCACAUCUAGAGUGACCUAUAAGAAUGUACCCAAUUGGCACAGAGAUCUUGUGCGUGUUUGCGAAAAUAUACCAAUUGUGCUUUGUGGAAAUAAGGUUGACAUUAAAGAUAGAAAAGUAAAAGCAAAGAGCAUUGUAUUCCAUAGAAAGAAGAAUCUACAGUACUACGACAUCAGUGCGAAGAGUAACUACAACUUCGAGAAACCUUUCUUGUGGUUGGCACGCAAAUUGAUUGGAGAUCCAAAUCUGGAAUUUGUCGCCAUGCCUGCACUAUUACCGCCGGAAGUUACUAUGGAUCCACAAUGGCAGCAACAGAUCGAGAAGGAUCUCAAAGAAGCUCAAGAGACGGCAUUACCAGAAGACGACGAGGAUCUUUAGUUUAUUUAAAGUUGUGGAUGGCCUUUACAGAGGUAAGGCCUACUAUGCGAGUGCUUCUUGAUUGUAUUGUGCACUCGUACAUAUAAAAAUCGAAGAUUCUUUCUUUAAGGAAAGUAAUAUUUCACACAAUAUUUAGUUCAAUACUUUGUGCUAAACAUAUGGAUAAUUUUUAUGAACUUUUUACACGCAUAGCCUUAAAGAUGGGUCACUUGAAUGCGUUACAAUGCAGAAUACGCACACGUGUGUGAUUGCGAACUUAUCUUUGUAUGCUUAGAUUUUGCAAAAUUUUCAUCUAGCGAAGAUAAUGUCAGACAAAUUUAAGAAUUAGGACUGGGACAGAAUUACAAGAAAGUGAAGAAAACAAUUUGUGAUACCAGUUUAUAGAACAGCCAAUUUGACAUAAUGUAACAUGAAACAAUGGAAGUAAAUCUCGUUUACAUUGUUCGAUUCGCUCGUUUGUGUAAAUGUGUGUGCGUGCAUGUGUAUGUACAUAUAUACGUAAGAAAUGGAAUUGUAUAAAGCGUGCUGUAUGUUGAACACAAUCGCGCUAACCCACUUUAAGGCGUAUCAAAAGUAGUAGUAUCUGUUUUCUAUUUGUGUUUUCUGCUUGAAGCAGAUUGUACUGAUGUAUGGACUUUAAUAAAUUAUCAAACUGUUUUUAAAGCUACAAUUUUCUCAGAUUUAUGAUAAUCAUCGUGUAAUCUAUUUCGUUUCAUUAAUGUAUCGUUUAUUUAAAAGUUAUAUGAUAUAUUUCUCGAAGUAGAUGCAUAAAAACUAAAAAAUGAAUGAAAGCGAUAUUUGAUAAACACGUGUUUAUAGUACAUCUGAAUUACUCCAAACUACUAUUACACUUUUUUACUUAACAAAAUUAAGUAAAAUUAUAAAGGUCAUGCAGUAAUAAAAACACUUUUUAACUAA